UUCAACACUCGCGAUGAACGUCGAUUACAGCAAAUACACCGUUAUCCAAGAUGGCGCUAGAAUCAUCGGGGGCGACUUCGUAACAGUCAAUGGCCAACCAGUGGCCCCUGACACCGCACCCCCGGUCUUCAAAUCGACGGAUGGCACACCACUCGGAAAGACCCCCAAUGGUCCAGGCUUCAGCACCCCUAGGGGACCACCUAACGCGACGGGCGGCACUCCUAUUUACAACUCUGCUGGCAAGGUCAUUCGCAGUGAGUAGUAGUCUUGUCGUCUUCCAGCCCUUGGGAGCCUCUGUCGGCUGAUAUGAGAGCUAUGUAUAGUCAAGCAUGGCCCCCCGGCGCCCGGCGCGACCAACGUGAAUUCGUUGCUCGGGCCCAUCCAAGGUGCGUGUUUUGGAUGUUAAAUCAAAACUUUAAAGGACUUGGUCUGACGUGAAACUGAAACUGCAGCGAAUCAAGGACCUUCCAACCAAGCCCAGCGCAAGUGAGAAGCGCGCUAUGUACGACUAUUGAUUCUGUGCAGCCUGUGCGGUACUCGUAGAUCGACGUGGCCCGAUAUUCCCAGUGAACCAAUGUCGAUAUUAGUUCUGUAUCUUUUCCAAACUCUAUUAGUGACAAUCACGAAAGUUGAGCUCACUCUCGGAUCUAAGUCCCAGUUGCGUUACGAGCUGUGGGCUCUGCCUUUUGGGGUAUGGCACGACCCUCAUAGCCGAACUUAUGCCAGCGAAGGGUAGGUUGGUCUGGCCUGUUCUUGCAGGAUCCGGCGAGUUCGACCUUUUUCCUGAAGUUGGUCUUUACAUCGCCGAAAACAUAGAGACAGGAUUCCGAGGACCAAAGACCGCCAAUUAUUUG